AUGAGUGUUGCUCAACAACAACAACCGGUUGUUCAUACUACCACUCAACAACAACAACACAUCAAUCAUCAUCAUCAUCAACAACAAGAACAACAUCAUUCAUCAACUACUACUAAUAAUCAACAACAAUUACAACAAGAACAACGUCAAAAAUUAUUAAAUAAAAGAAAAUUAGUAAUUCAAGAAAUCUUUCAAACAGAGAAGGAAUAUGUUAAUGCACUUGAAACAUUAGAUAAUAUAUUUAUAACACCAAUUAAACAACAACAAUUAUUAAAAGAAGAAGAUACCAAUGAAUUAUUUAAAGAUAUACAAAUUAUUCUAGCUGUUAAUAAGGAAGUUUUAUCUUUUAUUGAUAUUUUUAUUAAAUAUAUGGAAGAUCAUAAUUAUAAUGAUGAUGAUCUAAAUAAUACUUUAAAUACUUUAAAUAGUAGUAAUAAUAAUGGUAAUAAUAGUGUUGGUGGUGUUGGUAGUAGCAGUGUUAGUGUUGGCGGUAAUACAUUAGAAGUUAAUAAUAAUAGUAAUAAUAAUAAUAAUACAAUAUCUCCUUCUACACCAACAAGUGGUAAUGAUUUUACAUCAUCAUUCUCUAAUAAUAGUCAACCAACUACUCCAACCACAAAUAAUACAUCCAAUACUAAUACAAAUACAACAAAUACAUCCAAUACAACAAAUACAAAUUCAAAUAAUAACAAAGAAAUUGAACAAAAGAAAAGAAAUGCAUUAAUAUUAGGUAAAAAGAUAACACCAACAUUAGGUGAUAUAUUUCAUUUAAUGUCAGAUUAUUUAAAAAGUUAUAGUAGUUAUUGUAACAAGUAUGAAUUAAUAUUUAAAAUGAUUGAAGAAAAGAAACAAAAAAAGAGUAAAUUUAGAAAGUUUUUAGAACGUACAGAAUUUACACCUGAUGCAUUCAAUGAUUCAAUUAUAUCAUUCAUGAUUAAACCAGUUCAACGUAUACCACGUUAUGAAAUGUUAUUGAGAGAAUCUAUUAAAACAACUCCACAAGAUCAUCACGACUAUUCACGUCUCAUUUCAGCUGCACAAAAGAUUAAUAAUGUUGCAUCGAGAGUCAAUGAAAAGAUUAGAGAACAAUUAUGUAGAGAGAGAGCAAUACAAUUAUCACAACAAUUUAAUUCAGAUCAAUUACCAUUCGAAUUGGUAAAGAGUAGUAGAAAAUUUAUAGCACACACUGUUAUGGGUUACAUUUCAGAUCGUUCAGGUAUUCAAAUGAGAUGUUUUAUUUUAUAUAAUGAUUUAAUUUUAUUAUGUAAUUAUACUGGUAGUAGUAAUUCUAAUAGUAAUAAUAAUUCAAAUAAUAAUUCUAAUAGUACAAGUAAUAGUACAGAUCAAAUGAUGACUCAAUUCUUUAAUAAUUCUAAUAAUUCUAAUAAUACAAGUAAUAGUAAUACAAAUAAUAAUAAUACAAAUAAUUUAACGAAUAUAACAAAUAUUAAUGAAACUUAUUCAAAUGAACAAAAAAAGAAGGAAGUUGAAAUAUUUGAUAAUCCUAAAGUUAAAUUUCAUUUGAGAUGUGCCAUUUCAUUAUUAUCAACACCAUUAAUAUGGGCAGAAUCAUUACCAGAUGGAUAUUGUAUUGAAAAUGCAUUUAAAUUAGUAACACGUGAUAAAACAUUUAUACUAUUUACAGAAAACAAAAUUCAACGUGAUUAUUGGGUACAAUUAAUUAAUGAUCAAAUGGAUAAAUUAAAAAAACAAUUACCACAUUUAAAUGAAGAAUCAAAUGCUAAUGAAAUAAUGUUAGUCAAUAGUAGAUAUUUCUAUUAUGCAAGUGGAAGUGAAAAAGAUAAGAGAAUUGAAAUGUUAAAUUCACAAAUGUCAGAUUCAAGUGAAAGAUUAAAAAUUGAAACUUCACUUCAACAAGAUCAUUUAAAUUUAAUUAUUGAACAAAUACAGAAGGAUGUUGAUUUUAUAGAUCAACAAUGUUAUGAUCAUGAAUAUGUUCAAUCAAUGAAUUAUUUAAAAUUACAACCAUCACAUCCACUAUCAAAUUCACAUUCACAACAUAGAUUAUCUGUUAAUUCUCUAAAUAAUACCUGUGUGUUAUCACCUUCCAUUGAUGAUAUUAAUAAUAAUUCAAAUGGAUCUGGUAAUAAUUUACUUUCUAAUUUAAAUUCAUCAUCUGCUUCAAAUUUAAUAACAACAUCUGCUGCUGCUGCUGCCAAUAAUAGUAGUAAUAGUAAUAGUAGUUCAUCUAUAUCACAAUCUAAAAGAAAUAGUACAAGUAUUAAGAGUUUAUUUAGUGGUGGUAGUGUUAAUAGUAAUGCAACAACACCAACAUCAUCAGUUGCAACAUCACCUGUUUCAGUAUCACAUGGUAAUUCACUUUCACUUUCAAAUUUAUAUGAUCACCACGGUGCUCAUUCACCUUCAUCUUCGUAUGGUUCAAGUCCACCUGUAUAUUUAUCACCAAGUAAUAAUGCACUAUCACCUUCACAUCAUCAGACAGGUCAUUUGAGUGCAUCGAUAGCAUUGAGAUCAUCAUCAUCAACAUCAACAACAACAAAUAGAGAUAGAUCUAAUAGUUUAUAUAAUACUAGAAUUGUAAUACCACAACAACGUAAUUCACAAUCACCUACCAUUUUAAAAGAAUUAUUUCAAAAACUUAAUACUGAUUUUCAAGAUCAAGAAUUAUCAACAAGUACUUCUAAUUCAACAAGUAAUAACAUGACAACAAGUACAUCUUCUAUUAGUAGUAAUAAUAGUAAUACUAAUAAUAGUAAUAAUACAAAUAAAAGAUUCAUUUACAAAAAAGUUAACAGUUAA